AUGGGUGGUCUUUGCUUGAUAAAAUCAAGUGUUGGCUCGCCCACGACUAUGUUGGAUGACGAUGGAGGAGAAGAAGAUGGAGACGGAGAUGAGUUCAAAUCGAUUCGAGAUCGACUCAACUUAGGGGAAAACCCUCCCACUUUAAACUUUGCCAAAGGAAAAAGGAAGAUUCACAAUGAGGAUCCAAAAGCAACUAAUGGUGCUCCUCUCAAAAUGGUCAAGUCUGAAAAUGAGGUGAAGCCCGACAAAAAUGAGACUCCUACAAAGAGGACUGUAACUCCAACCCACCAACCAUCUACAGAGACUACUUCCCAUAUUCGAACUUUCAAGGUUUCCAAUUCCCAUGGCACCUCUAUUGUUGUCAUGAUGUUACCUGAUAACGAUGCUGCAUCUCUUGACCCCGCUACAAGGGGUACUUUGAGAGGGAGGUAUAUUGGCCCUAAAACCAAUAUUACAUUAUUUUCUUGGGCUACUGAUACUGCACAUCUGAACUGA